UACACUGACCGAUUUCUUUCGGGAAUUCGCUUUCACUUAACAAAGACAGACCGAACAGUUCUAACUUCAUGAUUACGCUCUAUUUAUAACUUUACUCGACAAGGCUGCUCUGUCAUGUUACAGAGGCAUCCAGCAUCCUGACAAUAUACACAGCAUUGGCAGACCCUUUGUUCUCAGCCAACGCAUGUGAUAGGUAAACUCCAGAGAUUCUGAGCCAAGGCACCGGUACGCCACACCAUCCACUACCAUGGCGAACCAGGGCCCUACCAACCCGUCCCAUGCCUUGUUUGACCAGUUCGUCCAAGCCCAGACCUGUAAGGAGGUGCAGCGUACCUUCUCAGAGCUCUGCCACCACAUACAGGUGGACCCCAGUGACUACCAGAGCUUCUACACCAAGCUCAAGGAGAGGCUCAACUACUGGAAGGCGAAGGCCCUCUGGGUCAAGCUGGACAAGCGGGCCCAACACCAAGACUACCAGCAAGGCGAAGUCUGUGCCAAAAACAAGUGCCUGGUGCUGGGUGCAGGGCCGUGCGGGCUGAGGACAGCCAUAGAGCUGGCUCUGCUGGGGGCUCAGGUGGUGGUACUGGAGAAGAGAGACUCUUUCUCCCGGAAUAACGUGCUGCACCUGUGGCCCUACACCAUCUACGACCUGCGUGGGCUGGCUGCCAAGAAGUUCUACGGCAAAUUUUGCACGGGGGCUCUGGAUCACAUCAGUAUCCGUCAGCUCCAGCUGAUACUGCUAAAGGUGUCUCUUCUCCUGGGGGUGGAGGUUCACACAGGGGUGGAAUUCAAAGGCUUUGUGGAGCCCUCAGGUGCCACAGGCUGGAUGGCCAAGAUGUUUCCUGACAAUCACCCUGCUGGGAAGUUCCAGUUUGAUGUCUUCAUAUCUGCAGGAGGAGGAAGCUUCGUCCCGAAUGGCUUCAGGAGGAAGGAGCUGCGAGGGAAGCUGGCCAUCGGCAUCACGUGUAACUUCAUCAACCGUCACACAGCAGCCGAGGGCCAGGUGGAAGAGAUCAGCGGUGUGGCCCGCAUCUACAACCAGAAGUUCUUCCAGGACCUGCUCACAGAGACAGGUAUUGAUCUGGAGAACAUAGUCUACUAUAAAGACGACACCCACUACUUUGUCAUGACUGCCAAGAAGAAGAGCCUGUUAAAGAUGGGGGUCAUUAAACAGGACUUUAGCGAUGCCGACAAGCUCCUGGCCCAGGUCAACGUGGACCAGGAGGCCUUGUUCCGUUACGCCUACGACGCUGCCCAGUUCUCCACGGGCCACUGCCUGCCCGACAUGCAGUUUGCCCAGAACCACGCGGGCCAGCCUGAUGUGGCCAUGUUCGACUUCACCUGUAUGCACCGAGCUGAGAACGCCUCGCUGGUCAGGGAGAGAAAGGGAAAGAAACUACUCAUGGGCCUGGUGGGAGACUGCCUGGUAGAGCCGUUCUGGCCUCUGGGAACAGGUAUUGCCCGUGGGUUCCUAGCUGCCUUCGACACAGCGUGGAUGGUUAGGAGCUGGGGCAAGGAAAGACCCCACCUGGAAGUCCUUGCUGAACGAGAGAGUAUCUACCAGCUCCUGUCCCAGACCACGCCAGAGAACAUCAGUAAGAACUAUAGCGCCUUCAGCAUAGACCCGGCUACACGCUACCAGCACGUCAACCUCAACUCCGUCAAGGCCAACCAGGUGAAACACCUCUAUGACGUGGAAGAACACCUUAUUUCUGGCAGACCCACCAAGAAGGACAAAGGCAAGUGGUCUCACUUGCGACAAGAUUCGAUUGGAGCGUUUGAGGUGCUUUUGAAGUGGUGCCAGCAGCACACUGCAGGGUACGACAGGGUGAAGGUGAAAGAUCUGAACCAGUCCUGGAGGUCUGGCCUGGCCCUGUGUGCCCUCAUCCACACAUUCAGACCCCAUGUCAUUGACAUGUCCUCUCUGGAGGAGUCUAAUGCGGUCUACAAUAACCAGCUGGCCUUCAACUUCCUGGAGAGAGAGCUGGGCAUCCCUCCCAUAAUGUCAGCCAGUGACAUGUCUUCCAAGGGACAGAUAGACAAGCUCUCCAUGGUGCACUACCUCACACAGAUCCAUGAUGCCUUCAACGAAAGGACUCCUACUAAAGAACCUCAGAGCCUUCCCCUGAAGCCGUCUAAAACCCUGUCUUUUCGGUCUGCUGUGUUCUUCCUCAACAACCUCAAGCACAACUCUCUGCAGCGACGCAAGGAGAGACUGGCAACCAAGAAAGAAAAAAAAGGGAUGAUGGGAGAGGAAGAAGAUCCUGUAGCUCCUCUCUCAGCCCCUGAGGUGACCCCUGACCCUGUGAACCCUGACCCUGAGCUGAGCCUGACGUCAGGCAUCAGCAGCAAUGAGGAGUGUUACUUCUGUGGCCAGCGGGUCUAUGUUCUGGAGAGGAUCAGUACUGAGGGAAAGUUCUUCCACCGUAGCUGCUUCACCUGCCAUCAGUGCGGCACCACCCUUAGACUGGGCGGGUAUACCUUCAGCCAGCACACUGGGAAGUUCUACUGUGAGCUGCACUCUGAACAGCUAGAGAUGGAGAACGGGAAACAAUGCCCAUCCCUUCAGGAAACCAUAGAAGAUCACAAUGAGAAGAAGAGAGGUGUGAAUGGGAUCUCCAGUGAAGGGCACUCCCCUUGUCCCUCUGAAGAUGAUGAUGAAGAGUACUCUCUAGACUUGGGUCCUCCUAAACCAAUGGAUCCUCAGGGUCAGGAACACCCCAGCAGCAAACAAUCUAAUCCUGUAGAGGAGCCCAAUGUCCCACCAAAUCCACCCAUAGACGUUUUCCCGACAAAAGGGUUUAAGGCCUGUGAGGUGGAGGAAGAGGAGGAGGGGAAGGAGAGGGUCGAGGAUCCCCCCUCAUACCCCCUGACCCCUGUCCCAAAACCUCGCCUCUCUUGCUUGGACAUCCCCAGCCCUCAGGCCUCCCCUCCUGUACCCAAACCACGCACCAUCCUCCCCACCCCAAAAAGGGACAUGUCACCGGCCCAUGUAGAGGAGAAGGGGUCCCUCAGAGCAGCAGGAGAGAAAGGGACCCCCAAGGCAGCCACAGCCCCUGACUCUGGGGCGAAGCAGUCCCUGCGGAAGCUGCAGCUCACCGAUGAGGAGAAGAACCAGCUAGUCAACCUGAGCUUCAGCCUGGACUCUGACUUGGAGACACCAGAGACACCUGGUUCUUCCUCUUGCUCCUCAGCCACAGCAGGGGGUCCCAGCCCACCCAAACCUCCAGGUGCAGAUUGCCAGGAGGAGGGCUACUGGAGUGGGGGCCCGAGGGUGGCUGGACGCAUCCGGGAUCACAGGAACCGCCGUUGCUUUAGGAAGAAAGAGGAGCCUGCGGAGGGCCAGGGUCAACACCGCAGGGUCCGCUCCAAGUUCUCCCCCUGGAACCUCUCCUCCCCUCGGCCGAGGAGGGACUACGGCUUCAGCGUCCUCAACAGCCACCCAGAAGUACACUAUGGCCACAGUGUAUCCGAAGAAGAUGGUGCUGAAGAUGAUGAAGAUGAGUUGGAUAUGUUUGGAGUAGAUGGCAUGGAUUUAUAUGAUGAUAAGUUCCAGACCGUCCCUUCAGACCCUGUGGAGGCUGAAAAGCUAGAGCUGCUGAAGAUGAGGACUUUGGAGCGUCGGGCCAAGACGUGUGAGAUACAGCGCUUCCACAAAGCCCAGUCUAUCCAGAGGCGACUGGAGGAGAUCGAGGUGACGUAUAAAGAGCUGGAGGAUAAAGGUGUGGUGCUGGAGCAGGUACUCAGAGGAGAGGAAGGCAGCUGUGGUUCUCCUGAGAUGAUCGACCAGUGGGUCCAUCUGGUCCACCAAAAGAACGCUCUGGUCUCUGAGGAGUCAGACCUUAUGGUGGCGUCUCGACAGCUAGAGCUGGAGGACAAACAGAGCACGCUAGAGAUGGAGCUCAGACAAUACGAGCUGGAUGACUCUGAGAAGACGGCGGAGCAGCAGGCAGAAGAGGACCGUGUGCUGCAGGAUAUGCUGGAGGUGGUGGACAUGAGGAACUCUCUGGUGGCCUUCCUGGACGAGAAGAGACUCAAAGAGAUGGAGAGUGAUGAGCAGCAGGCCACCUCGCUGCUAGAGGUCAAGAGAUACCCUACAGCCACAGCAGGGGCACAGGUGUACUGGGCGUGAGGGCGACUUGGGACGUAAUAUACACCGGCUGUACAAAACUUUAGGAACACCUCAGAACAAACUCAAUUUGUCGGUGCAUGGACACUACAAGGUGUCGAAAGCGUUCCACAGGGAUGCUGGCCCAAGUUGACUCCAAUGCUUUCCACAGUUGUGUCAA